CGAUCAGACACAUCGUCUGUCAUUGAUCUAAUAUCUCCCCGUAGCUUGCUAGCAGAACUGUUUUGACAGCACUGCAGCCAAGAUGGGACAGCAACAAUCUGGCCUGGGAGGAGCCGGCCCAGGUGGGGAUAAUAAAGAUGAGAAGGACAAGAAGAAGGAUAAGCCCAAGUACGAACCACCUCCACGGCCAACAACACGCAUAGGCCGAAAGAAGCGCAAGGCGGCUGGCCCAAAUGCAGCAGCGAAACUUCCUACCGUCUAUCCUACCUCCAGAUGCAAGUUGAGAUACCUACGAAUGCAACGAAUCCACGACCACCUACUCCUUGAAGAAGAGUACGUCGAGAACCAAGAACGUCUGCGAAAGGCCAAGGCAGCAAAGGAAGGGCCUCCCGCUGCAGCUGGUGGCGACUCUGAAGCCCUCGACAGGAAUGCCGAUGAGCGAGGAAGAGUUGACGAUAUGCGUGGUAGCCCGAUGGGUGUUGGUACUUUGGAGGAGAUGAUUGACGAUGAUCAUGCCAUCGUUUCCAGCACUACUGGUCCCGAAUACUACGUUUCCAUCAUGUCGUUUGUUGACAAGGAUCUGUUAGAACCUGGCGCGAGCGUCUUACUUCAUCACAAGUCUGUUUCUAUUGUCGGUGUUUUAACUGAUGAUGCCGAUCCGCUGGUUUCGGUCAUGAAGCUUGACAAGGCGCCAACGGAAUCAUACGCUGAUAUUGGUGGUCUGGAGUCGCAAAUUCAGGAGGUACGAGAAUCGGUGGAGCUACCACUGUUACAUCCGGAGUUGUAUGAAGAGAUGGGUAUCAAGCCUCCGAAGGGUGUCAUUCUCUAUGGUGCGCCGGGUACUGGAAAGACGCUACUUGCAAAGGCCGUGGCAAAUCAGACGAGUGCAACGUUCUUACGUAUCGUGGGAAGUGAGCUCAUCCAGAAGUACUUGGGUGAUGGACCACGGCUUGUCAGGCAACUUUUCCAGGUCGCAGCAGAAAAUGCACCAUCGAUUGUCUUCAUCGACGAAAUUGAUGCCAUCGGUACCAAGCGAUAUGAGUCUACAUCAGGGGGUGAACGAGAAAUCCAACGAACCAUGUUAGAACUCCUCAACCAACUUGAUGGUUUCGAUGAUCGAGGAGAUGUUAAAGUCAUCAUGGCUACCAACAAGAUCGAUACCCUUGACCCUGCUCUCAUCAGACCGGGACGUAUUGACCGGAAGAUCCUUUUCGAGAAUCCCGAUCAGGUCACCAAGCGCAAGAUCUUCACAUUACAUACAUCUAAGAUGUCGUUGAACGAGGACGUUGAUUUGGAGGAGUUUAUUAGUCAGAAGGAUGAUUUAUCUGGUGCGGAUAUUAAGGCUAUUUGCUCGGAGGCUGGUCUGAUGGCCCUCAGAGAGCGAAGAAUGAGAGUCCAAAUGGCGGACUUCAGGGCUGCGAGGGAGAGAGUUCUCAAGACAAAGAGUGAGGGUGAACCAGAGGGCUUGUACUUGUAG